AUGGUGUUAGUGACUGAAGACAUGAUCAGGCAAUUCCAAUCUAUGAUGGAACAAAUUGAUGAGCCAUUGAAGAGAACUUUUCAGAAUGUACAUCAAGGAAACCCAACCGAGACUCUUGUGAGGUUUCUCAAAGCAAGAGAUGGGAAUGUUGCCAAAGCUUAUAAAAUGCUGAUGGACUGUUUAAACUGGAGGAUAACAAGUGAAAUUGAUAGUAUAUUAGCGAAGCCAAUUAUCCCCCGUGAUUUGUACAGAGGACUGCGGGAUUCCAAUCUCAUAGGAAUGUCGGGAUACUCAAAAGAGGGUCUGCCUGUCAUUGCUAUUGGAGUUGGGCUAAGCACCUUUGACCAAGCAUCUGUACAUUACUAUGUUCAGUCUCAUAUCCAAUUAAAUGAAUACAGAGACCGUGUGAUAUUGCCUGCAGCAUCAAAAAAAUAUGGUCGACAUAUUAGCACCUGUAUAAAGGUUUUGGACAUGACUGGUCUGAAGCUUUCUGCUUUAAACCACAUUAAGUUAAUGACAGUUAUAUCCACAAUAGAUGACCUUAACUAUCCUGAGAAAACGGAGACGUAUUUCAUAGUGAAUGCCCCGUAUAUUUUUUCAGCAUGUUGGAAGGUUGUGAGACCUCUAUUGCAAGAAAGAACAAGAAAGAAGGUUCAGGUUUUGUCAGGAAAUGGAAAAGAUGAAUUACUGAAGAUAAUGGACUACGCAUCUCUGCCGCAUUUUUGUAAAAGAGAAGGCUCAGGUUCAUCUAAGUAUUCUAGAAAUGGAACAGUAGAUAACUGUUUUUCCUUGGACCAUAGUUUCCACCAGCAGCUCUACAACUAUACAAUUGAGCAAGCUAGGCUGCUGGAGCGCAAUGUCCCUAUCAAACAAGGCUCAUUCCACGUGGAUUUCCCUGAACCAGACCCAGAAGACGCUAAGAUUGCUAAAACCAUAGAAUCAGAGUUUCAAAAACUCGGUAACCAGAAUGGUGUUUGUAAUUCAUUCCGGAAUGUGAGGAUUAAUGCUGACUGA